GGCUGUUUUCACGGUCCACGCUCUUGUGAUUCGUGAAUGACUGACUCCCACUUUCCCUUCAUCUAUAAUUCUCUCCGUGGGUUACUUCAGUGGGUAGCUGAGAAAUUUUGUCUAAGUGAUGAGCUAUAUUAGAUGCUAUAAUUGAUCGUGUUUAGUGAAUUUUCAACUAAUUUAGCGAAAAUGAAAAUGGAUGCUUCAGUGUUGAUGUAUGGUCUUGUGCUGGGAGUGUUGUGUAUAUCUUCCAUUGCUAAAUCUGCCGUCCCUAAAGACCCAUUUCUUGGAAUUCCUCCUCAAGAUGAGAACUACUACAAGAUACCAUCAGAGACGAUAAAAUGUAAAGAUGGAUCGAAGAAAUUCACCAAAGCUCAGCUCAACGAUGACUUUUGUGAUUGCCUUGACGGCACUGACGAGCCAGGCACAUCGGCUUGCCCAGAGGGAAAAUUCUAUUGUCGAAAUUCAGGACAUAUUCCUGUUUUGUUAUUUUCUUCAAGAGUCAAUGAUGGGAUCUGUGACUGCUGUGAUGGGAGUGAUGAAUAUGAUGGGCAAGUUAGUUGCCGAAAUACAUGCUGGGAAGCUGGAAAAGUGGCAAGAGACAAGUUAAGGAAAAAGAUUGCAACAUAUAAGGAGGGAGUUGUUUUGAGAAAGCAGGAAGUUGAGCAGGCAAAACUAGCAAUUACCAAAGAUGAGGCAGAACUAUCAAAGCUAAUAGAUGAGGAGAACAUACUCAAAGGGCUAGUUCAGCAGCUUAAAGAGCGUAAAGAACAGAUAGAGAAAGCAGAAGAGAAAGAACGCUUACAGAAAGAAAAAGAAGAAAAUGGGAAAAAUCAAGCUGAAGAAAAAGCUUCUAGAGAGAAAGGAAAAGUUGAAGAGGAAGCUCAGCAAGAAAAAGGAGGGGCCAUGGAGAAAGCUAAUGUAGGAGACAAUCCUGCAGAAAGUGUUGAUAAUGAUAAAAUUGGUGUUUUGGAUGAUUCUUCUUUGGAUCAGGAUGAGGCAGGAGAGCAUGAUGAUCAUGUAGCCGAAGCUGAAAUAUAUAACAAAAUUGAAGGAUCCUCAGAAAAUGAAGUGAAGCAGCAUGUGGCACAAGAGGAGGAAAAUUCCAUCUCACCAGAAAGCAAGGAUGACUCUGCAGUUGUGAGUGUAACUGAUCACGAUACUGGGACUGAGGUGUCUCAUGAUCAUGCUGUGAAAGUGGAAAAUGAUUUAUCAAAAAAUACUGAAGGUUUGUCAAAGGAAGAGCUGGGCCGCCUUGUUGCUUCUCGCUGGACAGGAAGUUCUGAGAGUAAAACUGAGGGAGUUGAUGUGGCAAAGGAUGACCAUGGAAACCAUGAAGAUCAUGAAGAGAUGCCACCAGACAUGCAUGAUGAGGAAUAUGAUGGCUAUGCUUCGGAAACUGAUGAUGACACUGGAAAGUAUGAUGAUGUUGAUACAGAAGAUGAUAUGGAUGAGACUUAUGAGGAGGAUGCUCAUGAUGAUACUGGAUCUUCCUAUAAGCCUGACCCUGACGAUGACAUAGACUUGUCAGAUAUAACCUCGUCAAGCAACCCAUCUUGGUUGGAGAAGAUACAACAAACUGUUCGUAACAUUCUGCAUGCUGUUAAUAUCUUCCAAACUCCAGUGGACAAAUCAGAGGCUGCUCACAUACGCAAGGAAUAUGAAGAAUCCAGCACCAAGUUAUCUAAAAUACAGUCAAGGAUAUCAAGUUUGACACAAAAAUUAAAACAUGAUUUUGGAACAGAGAAAGAGUUCUAUUCAUUCUACGAUCACUGUUUUGAGAGCAAACAGAACAAGUAUGUUUACAAAGUAUGCCCAUUCAAACAAGCUUCCCAGGUGGAGGGCCACACAACAACUAGUUUGGGGCGUUGGGACAAAUUCGAGGAUUUGUACCGGACCAUGAUAUUUUCAAAUGGUGACAGGUGCUGGAAUGGACCUGCUAGAAGUUUAAGGGUCAAGCUGAGAUGUGGAUUGAAAAAUGAGCUUACAGACAUAGAUGAACCAAGCCGUUGCGAAUAUGUAGCAUUCUUAUCUACCCCAGCUCUUUGCCUGGACGAAAAGCUUAAGGAAAUGGAGGAUAAACUAGAACUGGUGAACAGAGAACAACCACAGGGCCAUGAUGAACUCUAAACUGCCACCAUCUUUAGAGGAUGAUGACUGCCUCAACUAAUAUUGGGACUAGAAUUCAUUUGAUUGGGCAGGAAUUUAGAAUUUUGAGCAAUAUUACCAAGUGGACUAUCGAAUUUUUUAAUGUUGUGGAGCGACUUUAUGUGACGGCUCUAAUUCGCUGUGACGGUUAGAUUGGGACUUGAGAGUAAUUAGGAAGAAGUCCGGCUUAUUUGAGCAGAUUUUGAAACCAUUGAUUCUCUAACACUUUACCAUAUUAUUACAGUAACAUGGAUAAUAGUAGAGAACUUUAUCAUUCUUCUUGA